AUGGAUAACCGCGGCUCCUUCUUCUUUUUCUUGAUCGUCUUCUACCUUCUUCUCAGCUCACAGUCUCGCCCUCCGUUGAUCGAUCAGGACCGCGAGCACCAGCGAGAAGUUGCUAGGGAACGAGAUGCACUUCGUUUGUUGAACGAGACCAACUAUGGGGACUUUGACCCGCAGGCCGACAAAUGGCUUCCUUUUACAGGUGUGCGGAAGAACGAUAGCUAUGCUUGGGAUAUUCUACCGCACGCGCAGGAUAGAGCUCGUCAUCAGUUACGAAACGCUAUCUUAGAUGCCGGAUUAGAGCCUCCGAAAGUUCUCGAAGACCCCGAAGCAUCUCCUCCCUUGAAUUUCACACAGUUGCUCCUCCCCGUCUAUCGCAAUGUGACGGGCAAGCUGCGCGGGGAAUGGGUCCGACGCAAGCAGGAUGGCGAACAUCCCAAGCUCAACACAACAGCUAUCGCCUUAGAAAACGAAUACUUCACCCACGAGUUCAGCUUGAACAUCACUGGUAGCAGUGGAACCUUUUACUUGGAUCUUCGGGAAGGAGGGGGUGAGGAGCUUCGAGUCGACGACGGCCACGUUCGAGAGAUUCGAGCGACCUUGGCAGUGGAAAGUGAUGACCUCUGGGAAAAUACGUGGUAUCUUUCCCUGUUCGGCGUUCAUUUCCCAGAGUCAGGUGGCAUCAUCCUCACUUCGACAAGCGAGAAAUAUGGAGGAUUGUUCGCACUCCCGCAUUUAACUCUCUCACCAGAUGCAUACGAACUCUCUCAUCGGCUCCUUAUGAAGUCACUCUCGGAUACCUUGUCUGAGAAAGCAAAUCGCCCUCCCACACUCUUCCCAUGGCCAUCUCUGGUCGGGUCGGAGCAGGUGGAGUUUCCUGCGCCAAAGUGUGAACAUGUUGUUUAUAUACAACAACAUCCAGUCUCAAUCCACGGCUCUCUUGCGGACAAGCCACUCAUUGACCAGAUAGAACAGGAACUGAGGUAUCCAAUUGGGGCUCCUAUACCAUCUGCUCCGUUAAUGGUCAUGUCGGCUGUCGUGUUUUCUCCUGAUUGUGGGUACAUUCUUGAGACCAAGGGAACUCCUGACUUUCCCCCCAGCGAAGCUCUGUACCUCUCUGGGCCAAAGAUCGAAGAGUUUGGCAAGUACUCCGCGCGACUAGUGUUUCUUGUAUGCGGAGUAUUUGCUGCGCAAAUCACGCUGCUUCUGCGACAGAUCAAGGAAGCUUCUACUCCUUCAACCAGAAGCCGUAUUAGCUUCUAUACAAUCGCGCUCAUGGCUAUAGGAGAUGCUUUUGUUCUCGUCUUCAUUUUGCUGGAGCUCUAUCCUUCGGUGUCCUUCUUGGUCAUGACGACAGCGUCGUUUCUUACAUUUUUAUCUGUCAGCUACAUUGGCAUGAAGUUCAUGAUGGAAAUAUGGGCAGUCCAAGCGCCAGAACGUCGAGAGCAAGAACGCCGUUCCAAUCCAACUCCGAAUCAGCGCACUGGAGGCCUACCAUUACCUGCAACAAUGGCAAGAGACACUGGUGCAACACCGAUCAUAGUGACACCAGACCAAGACCCUCCUGCCGAGGAAAAUGACCUUCCAACAAAUCGAGGUACAGCCCCGACAGCUCAAGAGACUCGAAAUGACGUCGGUGCCAUGUAUGCCCGGUUUUAUUUCACCCUAUUUGUGAUGCUCAUUAUCUCUAUAUGGUCUUUCCUUUGGCCGAACCGUUUGGGAGCCCUGUAUGCGCGUGCCCUAGCGUUUGUCUAUCUGUCAUUCUGGGUUCCUCAGAUCGGCCGCAACGUCAUGCGGAAUUGCCGCAAAGCGCUGCGUUGGGAUUUUGUGGUUGGCCAGAGUUUGCUGCGACUGUUUCCAUUCAUAUACUUCUUGACGGUGCGCGGCAACGUCUUAUUCGUCCGCCCUGACACUACCACCGCCAUGGCAUUGGCUGGCUGGAUAUGGGCUCAAGUGUGGAUUUUGGCCAGUCAGGACAUUCUUGGGCCUCGUUUCUUUGUCCCGCGUGGUUGGGCACCCCCGGCGUAUGACUACCAUCCGGUCUUGCGAGAUUCUACCGAUCCUGAAGCAGACCUGGAGUCGGGCGGUGUUCUUCCAAUCGGGGCUCUUCGAGCUGAUGAGAGGGAUAUCUCCACCGACUCUAAAGAUGGUGAAGACAAACCGCGCUCCAAGGAUAGAAAGAAGGCUGUUUUCGAUUGCGCUAUCUGCAUGCAGGAAAUCGAAGUGCCGGUUCUUGCAGCACUCGGAGCUGCCGGAGGCAGUAGUGUUACGGAUGGAGCCACAAGCAUCCUUAGUCGCCGUACAUACAUGAUCACGCCUUGCCGACAUAUAUUCCACAGCACAUGUCUUGAGAGCUGGAUGCGACUCCGACUGCAGUGUCCUAUAUGCCGAGAGUCCAUCCCUCCUGUAUAG